GACAUGAUGAAUUCAGUUAACAGAGGAGCCAGUGUGAGAGCAGGACUUCUAGUACUCCUGGUUCAGGACUCUUCCAACACCUUGACAUGCCCUUGCCCACAGGAACAUCCCAUAAUUCUUUGUUGUCCUAUUUGCUCCCCACAUAUUGCCAUCUAGUCUCUGCAUUACUCAUUAAAGAUUUUCUUCUUCCAGUUUCCUACUAUGUUGGAACCUUAGGGACUCACACCGAGAUCAAGAGAGUGGCAGAGGAAAAGGUCACUUUGCCCUGUCACCAUCAACUGGGGCUUCCAGAAAAAGACACUCUGGAUAUUGAAUGGCUGCUCACUGAUAAUGAAGGGAACCAAAAAGCGGUGAUCACUUACUCCAGUCAUCACGUCUACAAUAACUUGACUGAGGAACAGAAAGGCCGAGUGGCCUUUGCUUCCAAUUUCCUGGCAGGAGACGCCUCCUUGCAGAUUGAACCUCUGAAGCCCAGUGAUGAGGGUCGGUACACUUGCAAGGUUAAGAAUUCAGGGCGCUACGUGUGGAGCCAUGUCAUCUUAAAAGUCUUAGUGAGACCAUCCAAGCCCAAGUGCGAGAUGGAAGGAGAGCUGACAGAAGGAAGUGACCUGACUUUGCAGUGUGAGUCAUCCUCUGGCACAGAGCCCAUUGUGUAUUACUGGCAGCGAAUCCGGGAGAAGGAGGGAGAGGACGAACGUCUGCCUCCCAAAUCUAGGAUUGACUACAACAACCCUGGGAGAGUUCUGCUGCAGAAUCUUACCAUGUCCUCCUCCGGACUCUACCAGUGCACAGCCGGCAAUGAAGCUGGGAAGGAGAGCUGUGUGGUACGGGUAACUGUACAGUAUGUACAAAGCAUCGGCAUGGUUGUGGGAGCGGUGACAGGCAUAGUGGCUGGAGCCCUGCUGAUUGUCCUCUUGGUGUGGCUGCUAAUCCAAAGGAAAGACAAAGAGAGAUAUGAGGAAGAAGAGAGACCUAAUGAAAUUCGAGAAGAUGCUGAAGCUCCGAAAGCCCGCCUUGUGAAACCCAGCUCCUCUUCCUCAGGCUCUCGGAGCUCACGCUCUGGUUCUUCCUCCACUCGCUCCACAGCAAAUAGUGCCUCACGCAGCCAGCGGACACUGUCAACUGACGCAGCACCCCAGCCAGGGCUGGCCACCCAGGCAUACAGCCUAGUGGGGCCAGAGGUGAGAGGUACUGAACCAAAGAAAGUCCACCAUGCUACUCUGACCAAAGCAGAAACCACACCUAGCAUGAUCCCCAGCCAGAGUAGAGCCUUCCAAACGGUCUGAAUUAGAAUGGACUUGACUCCCACACUUUCCUAGGAGUCAGGGUCUUUGGACUCUUCUAGUCAUUGGAGCUCAGUCACCAGCCACACAACCCCCUCAAACCAGAUGAGAGGUCAUUUAAGUAGCAGUGAGCACUGCACAGAAGACAUUCAGAUGAGCACUUUCCUUAUAGGACACCAAACAAGCAAAAGGAUGUAAGCUGAUUCAUCUCCAAAAAGGCAUCUCAUUGUGCCUUUAGACCAGAAUAAGGGAAAGCAGGAGUCCAAAUCUAUUUGUUGACCAGGACCUAUGGUGAGAAGGUUGGAGAAAGGUGAAGUGAAUACACCUAAAACUUUUCAUGUGGGAUAUUUUGUAUCAUUGCUUUGAUUUGCCAUUUUCAAGAGGAAAUGGGAUGUUGUUUGUAAAUUUUCUAUGCAUUUCUGCAAACCUACUGGAUUACUGCAAUUAUUCACAAUCAAGCAAAACCCACAGCCUUAUUACACCGGUCUGCACCGUGUACUGAGCUAACCACUUCUAAGAAACUCCAAAAAAAGGAAAUAUAUGUCUUCUAUUCCGACUUAACUUCAUUUGUCAUAAUGUUUGGAUAUUAAUUUCAAGGGGAGUUGAAAUAGUGGGAGAUGGAGAAGAGUAAAUGAGUUUCUCCCACUUUGUACUAAUCUCACUACUUUUAUUGAGCCCAAAAUAACUAUGAAAGGAGAAAAAAAUGUGUGACAAAGGAUUAUGGAAAGCUUUCCAUCUUCAUGAUGUUAUGAAGAUUGCUGACAAACAUUAGAAAUAUAAUGGCGCAAUUGUGGAUUUUCCCUCAAAUCAGAUGCCUCUAAGGACUUUCCUGCUGGAUAUCUCUGGAGGGAGAAAAUACUUACUAUAUAACAUUUAUCAACAUCCUUAGAAUUCUUCUAGAGAAAAAGGGAUCUAGGAAUGCUAAAAGAUUACCCACCAUCUCAUUAUAGUCUCUCCUUUCUGAGAACAUGUGAACCAGAAUUGCAAGACUGGCUGUACUAGAAAGGGAGAUUAGAUCAGUUUUCUCUUAGUAUGACACGGAAGGUAGUGGGCGUGGUGGCAGGCACCUGUAGGAAAAUCGCUUGAGCCCAGUAGGCAGAGGCUGUAGUAAGCCAAGAUUGUGCCACUGCACUCCAGCCUGGGUGACAGAGCGAGACUGCAACUCAAAAAAAA